GCUUUAAAUACAUAAGUUAAGUCAAUUAAAAAAAAAGGAAUCCAAGACAUUUGAUACGACAUGGAGUUUACCAUUUACAAUACAGAUAUAUAUUAAAUUAAACUUAUUCUUGGAAGCAGAUUAAUCCAUCCUGGAAGAAAAUUACCAUUCCUGAAAGUGUGGGAAAAACGUGUCAUAUUCUUAAACAAAGAAUGAAAGAGAUUUUUUUCGUUUGUCAUAAAUAAUUGUGAAGGUGUUAAUUGGAUUUUCUAACAGGUGUAACUACAAUGUAUUGUUUGAUGUUUUGGUCAUGUUUGACAGUUUAGAAAAUAUGUUGAGGCCAUGAGUCCUAGUUGUUAAACUUUAUGUGUUCUACUUUAAAGCAAUUCAGUUUUCUUUGAUAUUCAUUGAUUUUUGGAUUAUUAAAGUUUGACCUACAGUUGUAAAUGGAUUUGCCUCAGUAUAAGUGGACAUUUAGGGAUUAAUGAUUAAAUCGAGUAGUUAUUAAAAUUCUAUUGUUUGAAGAAAAGGAUAUAUAUUGUGUAGUGCAUUGACAAACUUUUCAAUGAAGACAUAUAUGUGUUAUGUUUAAAGUGUGGUGAUGUUGGAAUAAUUGUUGUGAAAAGAAAGAUAGAAUUAUCUGUAGAGAAACUUUUGAUUUUGAAUAGUUCAGAGUGAUUCUUUAAUAAUUGCUUCAGCAUAUUUGGAUUUGUGACACAAACUAUUUAAAAACUGCAGUAAUUGAUUAUCCAUAAUUUAUGUACAUACAUUGAUUAUUCAUAUUGAAUUACCUGAGGCCAGAUUUAAUUGUCUUGUAUGUAUGCACUUUUAUCUUAAUUUGCUGGAGAAAUGUGGAUGUUAAGAUGUCAAUAGAGUUAUCUCCCAUAGACUAAAAAAAAAUAACUUGGAUAAAAAUCAACAUGUGUCCAAUGAGCACAAAUAAUGAAGUAUCACUAGGCCCAAUGAAGCUGAAACAAAAAACCAUGUCUAUCUUGCUAGUGUUUGCCAAGGAAGAUGCCCAAAGUGAUGGGUUCUGGUGGGCAGCAGACAAGAUUGGAUAUAAAUGUUAUAUUGCCCACAAUCCAGAGACAGCCAUGGAGAAUUACCUGGACAAACAUCCAGAUGUUGUAAUCAUUGAUCACAGAAAUAGCAAACACUUUGAUGCUGAAGCCCUUUGCAGAUCUUUAAGAGCAACAGAAUCAAGUGAACACACAGUUAUAGUGGCAGUCACAAAACGAUAUGCGUUAGACAAAGAAGAACCAUCAUUUUUACCAUCCAUUACGGCAGGAUUCAAUAAGAGAAUUGUUGAAAGUCCAAACAUAAGUAUGUGUAUGAACGAAUUACUGACAUUAGAAUAUGGCGAAGUUCAAUCCCGGUUAAAGCUGAGUGCUUGUAAAGCUGUCUUCUCAGCACUUGAUAAUGUCUCAGAUGCUGUCGAAAUCUCUAGUGAGGACCAUGAGGUUCAGUAUGUAAAUCAUGCCUUUGAAAGGUUGACAGGAUAUAGUAGUGAAGAGGUUUUAGGAAAAAACAGUUCAGAAAUCGUCAAAAACGACCGUAACCGACCUGAUCUCAAUGAUACCAUAAAUAGCCAGCUAAAAAAGGGAAAGUACUGGGAUGGUAUUUACCAUACAAGAAGGAAAAGUGGUGAAAUCUUGCCUAGUCACUGUCAUAUCUGUCCAGUUCUUGGUCAAGGGGGGAAAAUAUCACAUGUUAUAUCAAUAAAGAAUUCAACCACAGAUACCUCACAUAUUUUAAAAGAAAGUACAGAAUUUAAUUUAGUUAAUGGAAGGCUAUCUCGACAGUCUAGUGGAUUACAUGGUGUUCCACGGAGGAAAGAAUCUAUAGCAAGGAUCCACUCAAUGACUAUAGAAGCUCCAAUCACAAAGGUGAUCAAUAUAAUAAAUGCGGCUCAGGAAAGUAGUCCAAUUACUGUUGUACAGGCGUUGGAUAAGGUGCUAGAAAUUCUACGAACCAGCGAACUUUACUCACCAUACUUCGCACAACAAAUGAAAGAUAAUGAUCCCAUGACUAGUGAUUUAGUCAGUGGGCUCGUCUCGCAAAAUGUAAAGAGGUCAUUAACUCCAAGUUAUUUAUCAGAUGUAAACAGUAACAGCAGUGGUAAACAAGGCAGUGAUCUACAAUCUAGACGACCGAGUAGGGCUUUGUCUUCCAGACAGUCGAGUCAUCAUUCUCAUCUGCACAUUCCUAGUCCAGUAACCUCAUCCUUAUCUCAGGUUCCAGAUCAUAUACAGGAAAUUCUGGAUAAAGAUUACACCUGGGAAUUUAAUGUUAUAGAAUUAGAAAAAGUUACCAAUAAAAGACCACUUUUAUAUUUAGGAUUAAAGACAUUAACUAGGUUUGGAAUUUGUGAUUUCUUUCAAAUUGAAGAGAGCGUAGUAGCAAACUGGUUAAAACUGGUAGAAGGCAGAUACCAUAGUACUAACACAUAUCAUAAUUCUACACAUGCUGCAGAUGUCAUGCAUGCUUCAGCAUUUUUUCUAGAGAGAGAAAGAAAUAAGGCUGUUUUUGACCAAAUGGAUGAGAUGGCUUGUUUAAUAGCUGCAAUAGUCCACGACUUAGACCAUCCAGGGAGAACCAAUGCCUUCCUUGUCAAUGAGAGAAAUGAAUUAGCUAUAUUAUAUAAUGACCAGGCUGUUUUGGAGAACCACCAUUCAGCAUUGGCAUUCCAGUUAACGUGGAAGGAUGACUCUGUAAAUAUUUUCAAAAAUUUGGAGACAGAUGAUUACAAGAUUUUGAGACAGAAUAUUAUUGAUAUGGUCCUAGCAACAGAAAUGAAACAACAUUUCCAACAUCUAAAUAAAUUUAUCAACAGUAUCAACAAAGGUUGUCUCAAAAUGGAUGAAACAUCAUCAAUGAGUGGAAAUGGUUCACCAGAUAGUACCAUGAUGCUGAACCAGUUAUCUUCCCCAGAAAACAAGACUUUCAUUAAACGUAUUUUAAUCAAGUGUGCUGAUGUAGCUAACCCGUGCCGUCCAUUAGAUGUUUGUAAAGAAUGGGGGAAAAGAAUUGCUGAAGAAUAUUUUCUACAGACUGAUGAGGAAAAAGCCCGAGGAUUACCGGUGGUUAUGCCUGUUUUUGAUAGAAAAUCUAUACGAAUACCAAAGUCCCAGCUUAGUUUUAUUGAUGUCUUCAUCAACGAAAUGUUUGAAAGCUUCGAUGAUUACUGUGACAUACCUGAGUUAAUAACACAUCUCCAAACAAACUAUCAGUACUGGAAAGAAAGAGAUGAAGAAAUCGGUGAAAAGAGUGAACAAGAAAACUUACCAAAUGGCACAACAGAAGAUGACACGUAGCAGACGACAUGCUGCCUAGUUCAUAACAUGUCAUCUAUCAAUACCUCAUUCACAGUUCAUUGAUAUCAUACAGAGAGAGAGAGAGAGAGUUGUGGUGAAAAUUUCUCCAGUCAAGAUUCCUGAAAUGAAAGGAAGAAUGAUAUUUAAGUCAUCGAAAAAAUCAGCAAUAAAACAUUGAGUUUAUACAGAUCUUUAAUCGUGUGUAUAUAAGGAGGAAAUUUAAAUCCAGAUAGCUGAUUACGUUCCCAGAAAUAGAAGAUUUAGUCUUGAGGGAGAAAAUCACAACUUGAUACACUACGUAAUUUGGUGGAAAACCAAAGCAUUUACUGUAGAUUAUGAAAAUAUAUUAUGUAUUGGGAAUUCCCAGCAUCAGGCGGUGCUUAUUACAGACUGAUUUCCUGUUGUCUGUUAUGUUUGGUACCCAUUUGUGUAAAUAAAGGCUAGAUUUCCUUGUCAUGACAAGAAAUGGUUUUCAUUCCCUCCAAGAGUGUUAUAAAUGGGGACCAGUAUUGACUUGCAUGAAGGUAUCUGCUACAAUGAGUUUGUGUGAACAAUGAAGGGGAACCAGUCAAGCUUGAUUCUUUUCAGCAUUUACUUUAAAAUGUCAUGUGUGUUAUUGUAUGAAUAGUUUUUUAUUUAUUUUUUGUGAUUUUUCUAAGAUAUGAUAAUGCUUAUAAAGUUUCAUAUUGUGACAUAGCUCAUAUUCCAAAGAGUAAUCCUUUAAUCAUAUAAACCAAGAUAAUAUGGCAAACUUUUUACUAUUGAUAAUACUGCAUAUAAAACACACCAAAUGUCUUGAAUUGUGAUAUUUUUUUCUUCUUUAACUCAUUACUCAAAUGCCAAAAAAUGGGUAGGGUAUGCCAAAAUGAAUAAUUUUCUCGACCUAAUACCUAAAUUUGGAUAAUUUGGGAUGCAUUCUCAAAUCGUUCUUCAUUUUAUAUCUUACAUUAAAUUAUUUGGAAUUUAUUCUCGAAUUGUUCUCCAUUUUAUAUCUUACAUUGGAUUAAUUGGGAUGCAUUCACAAAAUAUAAUAUAAUAAAUUUGUUUUCAAAAGGAAAGUUACUGGUAGUAUGUACUAGUAUAAAUACAGAAACUAAAAAAAUGGAAUGCAGUGUACGAUUGAUCUUCUGUAGCUUUAAGAAUGAUGGGGCAUUUGGUCACAGAGAGAUGCAACAGAUAUAAAUGGGGCAUAUUAAAUACGUCAAUCAGAAAAUAACUGGAUAAAUUUUUUAAAAGUUAUGUCCUUUUUCAGGAGCCUUUCAUCCCCUUUUAAGGAAAUAAUGUAUCGAGUCCAGUAAAUGCUUUAACAGUAAUUCUUUUGAGGGUAGAACAGACAGAUCAACCUUUUGUUUUGAUUUGCCAGUCCUUGUUUAUCCUGAUACCAUAAGGAUCUUUACAAUUAUUUUGAGAAGGAAAAUUUUCUGGUGAAUGAUAAUGUAUCCAUGGAGUCUCUAAGAAACUGCUGAUUAUGCCAACAUAAAACUGUUAUAUCAAAUCAGUAUUGCUACCUCACAUGUUACAAUAAACCAUAUAAGUAACGAAGUGACAAAGAAUUAAAUAAUCUUUAAAAGAAAACAAAAGUGUUAUGUAGUCGGGCAUAUUUUCUGUAUGCAGUUUAUAUUUGUAAAAUUUCAUUAUUAUUUUGUAAAUUUUACACAAACAAAGCAAAAAGUACUUUCCAAUAUUCUUUUUAUGCCCCACCUACGAUAGUAGAGGGGCAUAAUGUUUUUCGGUCUGUGCGUCCGUUUGUUCGUCCGUCCGUCUGUCUGUCCCGCUUCAGGUUAAAGUUUUUGGUAGUUUUUGAUGAAGUUGAAGUCCAAUCAACUUGAAACUUAGUACACAUGUUCCCUAUGAUAUGAUCUUUGUAAUUUUAAUGCCAAAUUAGACUUUUUACCCCAAUUUCACGGUCCACUGAACAUAGAAAAUGAUAGUGCGAGUGGGGCAUCAGUGUACUAUGGACACAUUCUUGUUUUUCUUGGUAUUACCAUAAUUUAAGAAUAUUAAUAUUACUGCUGUGCAGUAUUUCAUGAGCUAGAUAGAAGAUCCUUUCGACAUCCAUUGUUUAACAUAUGAAUGUAAGCAUGACAUAUUGUACAAGGAAUUCUCCAUAGUUAUUGUUAAACACGUUACACUCACACAUAGUGAUUAUAUCAGUAUUACAUUUGAGAAAUAUCAUUAACUAGUAAACAUUGCAUUACAUCAUACCUAUUUCUGUCUAAUUUCCAUUUCAAGCAAAUUGUAAAUACCACUUAUAUUCAAUAUUUGAUCCUUUUAUUAAGUCAUAUUGUCAGUCAAAAGUCAAACACAAAAGAAAGUUUUGUACUAAAAUGCUACAUUUUUUUUAAAUGAAUUGUGAUAGUACUUUUAUUCCUGGGUUUAGAUCUUUAGCUGUUGGUGGAAAUUUCAUUAUAGUUUGUUGAUAUUUUUAGGGUUUCAGGCGGUAACAAAUGAGAAGAUAUUCAUUUUGUUGGGUGUUCUUGAAUUUUGAUUUGCCUUAAAAUCCAUGAAAAUUAUAACCCAUGAAUAAAAGUACAUCUCAAUAUUUAUAGUUUAACUGUAAGUAAACAAAAAUUCUAACUGAAAUUGCUAUUGCCUUGGUUACUCUGAUCUCUAGUCUAGUUAUAAUGUGAUAUACAGUGUACAUUUGUCUUUGGGUAUCUACAGUAUUGCCAUGGAAACAGGGUAUACAACAUACAUAUAUUUUAGUUUUAGCAAAAUAUUGUAUGAAACUGGUUUAAACUUUCCAAUAGUAACUGUGGCUCCGUAUUCAUUCAACAUGGCCAUAUUUGCAUAUUUGUUACUUACCUUAAAAAAUAUAAUUGGGUGAAUGUACCUAUUUAAUUCAUUUAUAACAUUUUUUUUGUGUCAAGGUUAGACAUUUUUAGGUAAAUUUUUAAAUUUAUAAUGGUAGAUCUUGUAACAUUGAAUGGAUUCAGUCUUAAUGUAGAAAAUUCAUAUAUAAUUCCAUAUUGGUUGUUUCUGCAAGAUAACUGUACAAUGUCAUUUUUGUCGCAGUGUUUAUUUCUAUUAAUCAACAGUUGUGGCGUUUCACAAUCAUGUCAGAAACAAAUUUGCAGGUUUAUACCCAAGCAUCAUUAUUGAAAAGAAUAUCUUUUCCAACCAUACCCGGUCCCAUCAUUAAGUUUUUUACAUGUAUCUAUUUAGCUAACACCGGUAAAUAAUUUAUAGGUAUCUUAUUGACUGUAUUGACAGUAAUGUACAUUCUGGUGAAUAUUAUAUUGUAAUAUAUUUGUCUUAGAGAAUUCACUGUACUAUUUAUAUAUAAGAUUUAUAUAUAUAUUAUACAUAUAUUAGUAUAUAUUUAGCCUCUAAAAUUUUUAAUGUUCUAUAAAUAACUGGCUCAAUAUACUGAAUCUGCUGCUAUUCAUCCAUCCAGUUGUUCCACAAAUUUUUACCAGUGCUACAAUGUUCAUUCAUGCCUUUUUACGGUAAAGAAUUUUUAAUUUGAUUAGAAUAUUGCAGCCUAAUACACAAAUUAUGUUUUUACCGAAUCAUUUUUCAUUAAUUCGUUGACUUUUUUUAGGUUAAUAGUACUACUUGAUUUGGUGCUGUGUUUUGACUACCAUUUUUCUUUCCUUUUUGGUAAUUUUAUUUAAGGAUUAUACAGUUAUGAAAACUGAAAGAUAAAAACCUCACAAGCCCAUUUCAAGGAGGGGGUAUUACAUGCAUACAAAUUUGUAAACAAUGUCAAUUACCAGAUCUGUUUUAUAAAUAUUUAAUUACGAGUAAUAGUUUUUGCUAAUUUUUUUGCAUUUGAUUAGAACCCAGUAGUCUGUUUAAAAAAAAUUUCAAAGCUUUACUGCAUUGAAACAUUAUAUUGUAAUUUAAUCAAACUUCAUAUGUUUUAAACAAGAAAGUUUAAUGUAUUCAAGCAGCAAAACAAUCUGAAAUGUUGUAAUAACUAAUUUGGUUACUAGAAAAGACUUACUUUAAGCUGUAUAAAAAUUGAAUAUAUGAGGAUAUUUUUAAUUUCAAAUUUGUUUUGAAAAGCCUACUUUCAGUGUGAAUGAGUAUCUUGACUAAUCAGCUUUUAAUGAUUUUUUUCCUUUGCUUGGCUGACUUCGGGCAGAAAGUAUAGUUUAUUCAGUUGUUUCAUUUUCUAGUUACCUUAUUUAGUUUUUACAUUUUUUAGUUGCUUAAGGAGAUAACCUUCAACCUUUCAAUAUAAUUUUUGAGGAGUUUCACAAGUUAUACCACUUCCUUAUUAAAAAAUAGUUUCUCUAGCUACUGCCAGUCCUUGAAUUUUAGUCCGAUAAAUUGUACAACAUUGCUGAUUUUUACAUAUCAGUUAAAGAAAAGGGAACCAGUUUUGGCAAUCUUUGGUAAACCUAUAUUUUGUGCCCGAAGUAUGCCUUUAUUAAAUUAUGUUUCUGAACCGAAAUAUCUACCUCUUGGUCGAUUCUACAUCCCUUUUGACAAUGGCAUAAGGGGAGGUAAUAUUUACCAUAAUAAAAGGGAAGGGAAAUAACUCCAUGGCUUGAAUUUUGUUAUUGUUGAUUAAUUUUGUUGAAUAGAUUGUUCUGUGAUAGUGAAAUAAUAAAAAAUGGCAUCAUGUCUGAAAUUAAUAUGAAAUUAUUUAUAAAGAUAAAUUUAAUUUUAUAUAUUUUUCACUGUGAUCAUAAGUUGACUUGUUUGUCAGAAUAAGAAUUUUGAUCCAGAGUUUGUGGAUAUCUUUAAAAAGGUUUUACAAGCAUUAUGUAACCUUUAAUAUUAUCAUUAAAUAUUGCAGGUUUUAGCAUUCUCAUAUUAAAUGUAUAAUUAAACAUUGUCUAGGGUUUACAUUGUGUAGCAGUCUGCAGUUUUUUAUGUUUGAUAUAUUUUAUAUAUGUAUUUCCAGACUGAGGUAAACUUAGGGAAAAAAGUACUAAUGUUUCAUUCAAAUAUUUAUCUUCUUUUAUGUACUGGUAAUGUGCAUAGGGACAGUUCUAACCUUUGAAAAAAUGUAUGAAAUCAUGAUAAAACUCUUUGAAAAAAAAAUUCUAAAAAUUUCAGAUUGUAGCAUGUAGACUUGUCCACAAACUUUUGGAUCAAAUCUUGAAAAUGUAAGGUUUCAAUAAUAUAUAACCAUACAAAAAAAGUUAUUAAUUCUUUUGUUUGUUUUGUUUCUAAGACUUUCUGAGUGAUGAUUAACAGCAUGAAUUCAUUUAAAUUUUUCAUUGAAUUUAUAGUUUCAUCAUUAAAGCUAAAGUUAGUUUCGCUGUGACUUUUUACCUAGGCAAAUUUUAGCUGUUUUUUUUUAUGGUUUCUUGAGAAUGUGUAAUGUUGUUAUCAUCUUUUUGAGGUAUUGCUGCAUUAAAAUUUCUGUGGAUCAUCUAGUAGGAUCCCUACAUUUUUUUUCAAUGUAUAGUUAAAAUUACAGGAUAGUUUUUGCCUAGUUGUGACUUGUGAUGAAGUUGUUAUGUUUAUUAUGAAUGGUAUAUUGUGUAUUAAUCCAUUCAAAAGUCUACAAACUUUUAAUAAAAUGUUAGAAACAUGCUCA